UCUGUGAUUUUCAAAACAUUGAAUGUUCUGUGGUUCUGAGCUCAAAUUUUUUUAAUAUUAUUUUCUGAAUUAAUAUUACUGUUAAAUGGCUUAUUAUGCUGCGAAUUUUACAACUACUUCGCAGAGUAAACCUUCAUUUUUGGAAGUAUUGGCCCAAGAUUCCUUAUCAGACGUCCUCUAUCCUGCAUUCCGAACUUUGAUUUCGAACUCUUCGUCGGGAACAAAUAAUUGGUUAUUACAUCAUGAGUAUUUUUUAUUGGCAGCAAAUGGGCUAUUACAAUAUUAUUAUUUCAAAAAUUUUGAUGCUUCGUUCUCUGAGAACUUUUAUGGCCUUAAGAGGGUUCAUAAGGAUGGUACGCCAUUGCGUGAAUCAUACAAGAUUUUUUGUGCAACUUAUGUAGCUAUUUUACCUUACCUGAAGAAGAGAAUAGAAGAACGAUAUAACUAUUACAUGACUCAGGAUGUUGAAGGAGUAUUGGGAAAUGGAUUUUCAGACCUCGUGAAGAAAAAGUUUGUUGCUCUAUAUCCUGCUUUUCAAUCCGCGUGGAAUCUCUGGCUCAUAGUAAAUUAUCUGAAAUACAUGGGAAACGUUACAGACAGCCAGCUUCCCUUUUUGCAUUUGUUAAAUUUGAAGUUGGUGUAUUCAACUGAAAAUCAAAAUUCUCAAUUUUGGACCCUUUUAUUCAAGGGAAAUUUGAGCGGAGCAGAAUUUUGUAGGGGUUUUCUCAAGAACGUGGUGAUGGGCUGCUUGGAAGGCUUGGCGAUUUACACGCAAUUCACACAGUCGAUCAGCAAUAUAAUACCGAAUUUCAGCAUGGAGGCUCUUCCGAAAAUUGGCCCACCUGCGGCAGACAAUAAAUCGGAACCUUUUAAGGAAAAGUGUCCCUUAUGCAAACAGUUUUGGAAGCUACCGACGGUUUUACCAGUAUCAGGGUACGUAUUUUGCUUCACUUGCAUUAUGAAGCACCUGAGGGAGUACCAAUGUUGUCCCGUUACCAGGAUACCGGCCAGACCGUUGGAUGUAGUGAGGAUUUUUGAAGGAGAAUGAAGAAUUGUUCAUUCCCUGGAGGUGUUUUUUCUUUAAAUAUUUUAUGUAUAUUAAGAGAUGGAUGUUGGUCUGAUAUUAAAUAUAUUGUAGGAAAA